GUGAGUAUUACAUAAUACUUUCUGCACAUGGUCUUGAUCAAGUCAAUUUAAAAAACAACGUAACGUAAUUUCUUUUAAAUAAAUGUAUGCUUAUACUGUACUAACUGUGCUUUGUAUAUAGUUUUGGAUGUGUUCAGUUAAAUAGAAAUAUUUUCAUAUGCUUGUGCUUUUGUAAUCCUUGUUCACAUUCAAAGAACUGAUUAUUAAAGCCAUGCGUGAAGCCAAAGAUGACGCCUCAGUUGUUAUCUAUUUCUAACAUGCGUAAUUCAUGCGUGCACAUGAAAACACAGAAAAAAAUGUGUCGUGGUAAAUUUGGAGCAGUGUUAUGAGGACUCUACACGCACUUUUUUUGUUGCCACUUCUCGGUGGAUCAAUAGCUUCUCAUCCGGUGCUGAAUGGUCCUGCCAUGGCCUACCUUGGUUCCCAAGUGGUUCUGCGUUGUAGCGCCUCCGACUCCUCCCUGCCAGUCACAUAUGAGCUGAGAAAGGACGGUCUGCUGAUUGACGCGAGAGCACAUCUCCAAGAGGUCCAGCCUGCGUCAUUCUCGCUGAAGGUGACUGGGAGGUCAGGAGGGCUGUACCAUUGUGAGACAAAGACUGAAGGAAGCGUGGGAAUUAGCAACAGCAUCAGAUUCAAUGUCGUUACACCAGCAUCAAACACCAGGGUGAUCUCUGACCCCUUUCCCGCAGUCCUAUAUGAGGGGUCCAGAAUGGUUUUGAGGUGCGACACUGCGAAGGGCUCCCACCUCUCCUAUAGCUGGUUUUUCAACAAGAAGCAAGUUACCUCUGCUACCUCUCCUCGGCUGCACAUCACUGGGAAUCAGCUUGUGAUGGAAAGGGCGACUCCAGAGCAUACUGGGGCCUAUUCAUGUAUGGCAUGGUCCAGGGUGCAGGAUGUCCAAAGGUUUUCCAGCAGCUCAGAAGUCAAGGUGAUAGUCAAAGUCCAUCUUUCGAAACCAGAGAUCUCUCUUUCCAUCUUCAAAGAGGGAACCGGCUACCGUGGUAACGUGACCUGCUGGUCAUCCAGAGGAACUGUUCCGGCCAACUUCUCUCUUUUGGUGGACGAUAAGAUGAUGGCCUCCGUGGUGGCUUCUGACUCCGUCAGUGCAUGGUUCAGUGUAGCAGUCGUCCCUGGGCUAGAUAUGGGCGUGGCUCGAUGCUGGGUGAAAAAUGAGGUGCAAGAGUUGAUGAGUGAGCCUCUGACACUGGAAGUGGUUCCAGUUGGAGGUGACGUAAACGUUGAAGUUCAAUAUGUCUACAGAUCGGACUCCACACUGGCUGCGGCCUUACUGACAUGUCAUGUCAGUCGAGGGUCUUUCCCUUUUGUCUCUUGGCUUUUUAAUAACGCCACGCUUCCUUCUGAAACACAAAUGGAUUUCAAGGGGCAGCAGGUCCGACCUCAGUUUGCCCUGAUGGACUGGGGACGUACUCUUGUUCUCGCCAAACUGGACUCUGAAGACUCAGGCUUUUACCAAUGCAGGGCCAGGGACAGAUAUGACAACUCCAAUCCCUGGUUGGAAAGUGGAGCCGUUCUCAUUCAAAUCAAAGACUGGAUGCUUGACAACAGACCCCAAGAAGCAGCGUCUCCUGAAACAGCACCAAUGGUCACGGAGAUCAUUGCCAUAAUAUUCUGCUGCUUUCUCCUCCUCACUUUGGCAGUCAGCAGCUACUGCGUGUACAGGAUGAUUGACAACAAAAAAGGUCUUCGCUCAAGUACGGCCCCAAAGAUUCUUCCUUUCAGUGCUACUUCUGAUGUGCUGCCUCUGUCUAUUCCUAUCUUCCAUUUGGAGGGCAAACAGGCUGAUACAUGCUCAACAGGCUGCAGUAUAAACUCUCAGAUUGUGGAGAGCCCUGUAUGAGAGUGCGCCUUUCAUCAGACUCUUCGAGCAUCUUUUUCACUGUUGCAUUUAAUUUCUUUUAUCAUCAUAGUCAUUUUCUGCAGUUCAAUUCUGAUCCUAUUGUAAUCGACACAAUUUCAGUUCAUAUUUAUUGCUUGUGAGGACAAUAAAGCAAUCCUUUAGUCAAAUUUAAAAGACCAGCAUGACUGUACACUGGGAUUUUCUGACAAAUAAAUUGUGAAUUUAAAAAUG